GUGUUGGGUCUAUCUUAGUUUCUCAAAAAACAAAAAAAAGUUUAAAAAAAAAAAAAACAGUGUUUUGAGUCCAAAAGGGCACUAAGCUACAUUGGCCUUUUUCUACUUUUGCUUCUGUAGCAACCUUAGCAUUUGUCUAUGUCUUCUGCUCCCUCUUCUCAGAACUGCAAAUGGGGCACAAAUCAUACUUUGAAUUUCUUGUUAUUAUUUGAUACCCUCUACUUUUAAGCCUUUCAUAAACAUGACUUUCUUGGUCUUUUCUCUUCAAUUUCUUUUCUUGUUCUUGCUUUAAAGACAACCCCUUUUCUUAAAAUAUUGUAGCAUUUCUUGGUUCUGUUCAGUUUAUUUUCCUCUUCUUGCUUUAAAGACAACCCCCCCCCCCCCCUUAUUAGUAUUUCCCAGCUUUGUGGCAAACACUUGACUACCAUCUUCUCAACUUUUAAUUUGCUUUUUCCCUGUUGCUUUGUUUGUUGUUGUAAUGCUAAAUUGAUAACCAAAAAAAAAGAACCUUUUUUUGGGGUGUUUUAUGUUCAAUCUUGUUAUUUGACUUCAUUUUCAAUUUUCUAUUGCCCCUUUUCUUGUUGUUGUGCUUUAUUGGUGUAAUGCUAAACUAAAAAGAAAAAAAAAGAACCUUUUUUUGGGUUGUUUUAUGUUCAAUCUUGAUAUUUGGCUUCAUUUCUCAAUUUUCUAUUACCCCUUUUCUUGUUGUUGUGUUUUGUUAGUGUAAUGCUAAACUGAGAACAAAAAAAAAAAAAAGAACCAUUUUUUUUUCAUGGAAAUUGAUCUGAAUGCAUGUUGUAAUGGUGAAUGUGAGAAAGGGGGUUGUUGUGUUAAUGUCAAUUCGUCCACCACUACUUCUUCAUGUUCAUCAAAUGCAUCUUCAUCUUCUUUACCUGUUCCUUCUUCAAUUUACAUGGAACUUUGGCAUGCUUGUGCUGGUCCUUUAACUAGUUUACCCAAGAAAGGAAAUGCAGUGGUUUAUUUCCCUCAAGGACACGUGGAGGAAGCUGCUUCAUCCUCUCCAUUUCCACCUAUCAAGAUUGAUUUCCCAACUUUUGGUCUUCACCCUCAGAUCUUCUGUAGAGUUGAGGAUGUUCAGUUGCUUGCAAAUAAGGAAAAUGAUGAGGUUUAUACACAGCUCACUCUUCUACCUCUUCCAGAGUCAGUGGCUAUAACCUUAGAAGGGAAAGAACAUGAAGAUUCGGGGACGGAUGAGGAAGGGAAUGGAGUUAAUCCAGGGAAAUCAGCUUCUCACAUGUUCUGUAAAACGCUUACUGCUUCCGAUACCAGUACCCAUGGUGGCUUUUCAGUUCCCCGUCGAGCAGCUGAAGACUGUUUUCCCCCUCUGGAUUAUAAAGAACAAAGGCCCUCUCAGGAGCUGAUUGCCAAGGAUCUGCAUGGAGUAGACUGGAAAUUUCGUCACAUUUAUAGAGGCCAGCCAAGGCGACAUCUGCUCACUACUGGAUGGAGCAUUUUUGUCAGCCAAAAGAAUCUUGUCUCGGGGGACGCAGUUCUCUUCUUGAGGGGAGAAGGUGGAGAUCUCAGACUGGGAAUAAGAAGAGCUGCUAGACCUAGAAAUAGACUUCCUGAAUCGAUAAUCAAAAGUCAAUAUCCUGGUUCUGAUGUACUUUCGUCAGUUGCUACUGCUGUAUCAGCGAAGAGCACAUUCCAUGUCUUCUAUAGCCCAAGGGCAAGUCAUGCUGAUUUUGUUGUACCUUACCAAAAGUACGUGAAAGCCAUCAGCAGUCGGAUUCCUAUUGGGACAAGAUUUAAAAUGAGAUUUGAUUUGGAUGAUUCACCUGAAAGAAGGUACAGCGGCGUAGUGACUGGGAUAAGUGAUAUGGAUCCCUUUAGAUGGCCCAACUCAAAAUGGAGAUGCUUGAUGGUCAGAUGGGAUGAUGAUAUAAUGAGUAAUCAUCAAGAACGGGUUUCUCCUUGGGAAAUUGAUUCUUCAGUUUCCUUACCACCACUGAGCAUUCAGUCCUCUCCAAGACUGAAGAAACUUCGGACUAGUCAGCAGGCACCAUUAGUACUGGACAGCCAUUCUGCUGGAGGGAGUGCUCUUUUAGAUUUUGAGGAGUCGGUAAGAUCCUCCAAGGUCUUGCAAGGUCAAGAAAAUUUAGGUCUGAUAUCACCUCCCUAUGGAUGUGAUAAAACAGUCCGCCCACUGGAUUUCGAGCUGCAAAGUGUAGCUCGUCACAAUCACAAUCACAAUCACAAUCUCAUGCCGAAUGGUAUAGAGAACAUAAUUGUUGGUGACUUUGUGAAAACUCAGCCUCCAACUACCUACACAGGCUUUCUGGAAUCCAAUAGGUUUCCAAAGGUCUUGCAAGGUCAAGAAAUUUGCUCGUUAAGAUCCCUUACUGGAAAAAGUGAUGUUAACUUUGGUGCUUGGGGAAAAUCUGAAUUUGGUUGCAAUGUUUUUGGCACGUAUCAGAGGCCGAAAGCCAAUUUCUAUCCUCUCGCUUCUGAAGGGGCAAGGAAUAUGUUUUUACCUUACAAUGCUAUGUAUAGAGCCGGACAAGAUCCUGUGGUGCACUCGUACAUUACUAAUUUCCAAAGAGAAAAUCCUACCUUGAAUCAGAAUUCAAUCCAAAAUGUGGUUAGGAGGGAAGAAGGCGGGAUGCCGAAGUUUGGAAAUGAGCAGAGGCCGCUCGAGAUGUCUAAAGUGUCUAUUCCCGAGCCCCAUUUCAAGAAUGAGAACGGUGACUCCUUAAAUGCACAGGCUUCAUGUAAACUGUUUGGCUUUUCCUUGACAAAAGAACCAUCUACUCCUAGCUCACAGAGUUCUGGUAAGAGGAGCUGUACAAAGGUUCACAAACAAGGCAGUUUGGUUGGACGCGCCCUCGAUCUCUCAAGAUUAAAUGGCUAUGACGACUUGUUGGUUGAGUUGGAAAGGCUUUUCAACAUGGAAGACCUCUUAAGAGAUCCCAACAAGGGGUGGCGAAUCUUGUAUACCGACAGUGAGAAUGACAUGAUGGUUGUCGGAGACGAUCCGUGGCAUGAGUUCUGUGAGGUAGUAUCUAAGAUCCACAUAUACACUCAAGAAGAAGUGGAGAAAAUGACUAUUGAAGGGAUCAGUGAUGACACUCAAAGUUGUUUGGAGGAGGCACCAGCAGUUAUGGAUGUCUCAAAGUCUUCAUCAGUUGGCCAGCCUGAUUCUUCUCCAACUGUAAUCAGGAUUUGAAUAAAAGCUGAUUAUCUAUGAAUGGUCAUGCUUUGUUAUGUUAAGUGAUAUAUGUGAUAAUACUACUCUACCUACUAGAUGUUGUUUAUGUUAAAUAAAUUGUUGUCCCUCUAGUCAACAUGCAAGUUAUUUUGGAACUUGGAAGUAUGUUUUCAACUACAAUGGGAGCUUGUAAGGGAUAAAAGUAUGUGGUGACUCAUAAGCCAUUAUAACUCUAAAUUCUGGUUAUGCUUCACUAUGUAUAAUAUUGAACACUGUAUGAAUA